CAUUUUUAAGAUUUAUUUAUAUAUUUUUAUGCAUGUGAGUAUACAGUAGUUGUCUUCAGACACACUAGAAGAGGGCAUCAGAUUCCAUUAUAGAUGGUUGUGAGCCACCAUGUGGUUGCUGGAAAUUGAACUCAGGACCUCUGGAAGAGCAGUCAGUGCUCUUCAACUGAGUCAUCUCUCCAGCCUCCCACAAGUUAAUACUCUUAACUACAAUAAAUAACAACAGAAAAGUAUAAACAGCUAUUAUCCAGAUAAUGUGAGUUUACACUAAGAAACAUCAAGUUUUCUACUCAGUUCCCCAAAAGUGGGUUCUAAUUUCCUAGUUAAAAAAAUUUACUUUUGUGUAUGACAGUCUGACCUCAGCAAUUCCCACUACAGCAAAGAAUGCUAAAAAAACAAACAAAAAACCCCAAAAACAAACAAACAAAAAAACCCCAAAAGCUCCAAAAUAACAAGAAGGAGAAAUGAUUGAUCGUAGCAUACAAAAUAGGAACACACUUGUAUGUAAACAGAUUUAAGUUACGGUUGAUAAGGUUGUGGAAACUAUUUUUCCUGGAAAUUAAGAGACAGGACCAUUACACGCAAAGGGGUUUUGAACUUCUGGUCCUCUUAGCUUCCAGACAGUUGGAAUUACAGGUGUGCAGCACACACCUCUGUUACACUUAGGUUUUGUUUUUUUCCCCUCUGGACCAAUCAGUUUAGCUAGCACAUUCUCACGUGUUAGCGAAUAAAUAUAAACACUAAGGUUGCAGGGUGGGCAUUCGGGCUUGUGGCAGGGCGGAUUACCACGGAGAAGUCUGGCUGUGAGGGACACAGGACUGGAGAGGCCAUCUCAGAGGACAGCCCUAAAGCCAGUGUACUAGUUCGGCAGCUCAUUAUCUGAGUUCCGCGCUGGGCAAGGUCGAGACCGCGACUAUAGAACGUGACCGGACACAGCCACGCCCAGAAUGCCCAGGGGUCGGGCCUCAGAACGUGGGAUUGGGCCAGGCUUCUAGACGUCCCCAAAGGCUGCACGGUGCCCGGAUGCUUCUGAACCGGGGACAGGGAGGGUGACCCACGCCCAGCGCAGGGCAGUAGACGCGGUCCUCACGCCCCUCCUCGCUAGGCGGUUCCCGGCAGGCUCCGGUCCUCUAGACAUAGACUCUGGGCGGGGUUCUGUGCAAUCGAGGUCCACUCAUUGGCCCUGGACGCCGUGACCCGCCCAGGACUGGCGGCGCGCCUAGGCUGUGGGGCGGAGCCUGAGAGUUCCCGCCAAAAUCGCGUAGCCGGUUCCUCCCCCGUGGGCUAAGUCGCGCCCUCCCUGUUUUUUCAAACCGGGGCUGGGCGGGGAUUGGUGGGCUGGGCCCUCACGUGGUUAACGGUCGCGGGAAGCCGCGGAUCCCGAACUUGCGGCCGAACUUGCGGAGACUUUCUCCAGCACUGGACCGGCCAGUCUCCGCUGGACAUACCGCGCCGCAGCCGUCACCGUCGCCGCGUCGGGAGCUUGGCGAGCUUCGGAGCCGCCGCCGCGCAGGCCCGCUGCAGCCUCUGCCCAGCGCGCCCGAUCGCACGUGGCGGACCCGCCCCCUGUGCCAGCCGCGACCUGGACGCCGCCGGCCUGUGCUCGCCGGUCCUCUCUUCUCCGGUGCUCCGCCGUGACUGCAGCCGUGAAAUGAGCUUCUUGAGCCGACAGCAGCCGCCGCCCACCCGCCGCGUCGCAGCCGCCUGCAGUUUGCGGCAGAAGCUCAUCUUCUCACCCGGCAGCGACUGUGAGGAGGAAGAGGAGGAGGAGGAGGAAGGCAGCGGCCACAGUACCGGGGAGGACUCGGCCUUCCAGGAACCUGAUUCGCCCCUGCCUUCUGCACGCAGCCCUGCCGAGGCCGAGGCGGAGCGCCGCCGCCGCUCGCCCGGCACAGAGCCCAGCAGCCCCGGAGAGCUGGAGGACGACUUGCUGCUGCGGGGCGGCGGCGGGGGCGCGCAAGCGGCGGGUGGAGGCGCGGAGGGCGACUCUUGGGAGGAGGAGGGUUUCGGCUCCUCGUCGCCGGUCAAAUCACCUGCCACCGCCUACUUUCUGGGCAGCUCCUUCUCGCCGGUGCGCUGCGGCGACCCGGGGGAUGCCUCCCCGCAGGGUUGCGGGGCUCCGCGGGCCAUGGAGGACCCCUGUUCGCCGCAGCCCGACUACCCGAGCACCCCUCCGCACAAGACCUUCCGCAAGCUGCGCCUGUUCGACACGCCGCACACUCCCAAGAGUUUGCUUUCCAAAGCUCGAGUUAUUGAUUCCAGCUCUGUUAAACUCCGGGGUAGUUCUCUAUUCAUGGACACAGAAAAAUCAGGAAAAAGAGAAUUCGACAGACGGCAAACUCCUCAAGUGAAUAUUAACCCCUUUACUCCGGAUCCUGUAUUGCUUCAUUCCUCAGGACGGUGUCGUGGGAGAAAGAGAGCAUAUUUUAAUGAUUCCUCUGAAGAUAUGGAAGCCAGUGAUUAUGAGUUUGAAGAUGAAACAAGACCUGCCAAAAGAAUUACAAUUACUGAAAGCAAUAUGAAGUCACGAUAUACAACUGAAUUUCAUGAGCUGGAGAAAAUUGGUUCUGGAGAAUUUGGUUCUGUGUUUAAAUGUGUAAAGAGGCUAGAUGGAUGCAUUUAUGCUAUUAAACGAUCAAAGAAACCAUUGGCUGGCUCUGUUGAUGAGCAGAAUGCUUUGAGAGAAGUCUAUGCUCAUGCUGUGCUUGGACAGCACCCCCAUGUGGUUCGCUAUUUCUCUGCCUGGGCAGAAGAUGAUCACAUGCUUAUACAGAAUGAAUACUGUAAUGGUGGGAGUUUAGCUGAUGCUAUAAGUGAGAACUACAGAGUCAUGAGCUACUUUACUGAAGUAGAGCUGAAGGAUCUCCUUUUACAAGUUGGCCGGGGCUUGAGAUACAUACAUUCAAUGUCUUUGGUUCACAUGGAUAUAAAACCUAGCAAUAUUUUUAUAUCUCGAACCUCAAUCCCAAAUGCUGUCUCUGAGGAAGGAGAUGAAGAUGACUGGAUAUCCAACAAAGUUAUGUUUAAAAUAGGUGAUCUUGGGCAUGUAACAAGAAUCUCUAGUCCUCAAGUUGAAGAAGGUGAUAGUCGUUUUCUAGCAAAUGAAGUUUUACAAGAGAACUAUAGCCAUCUACCGAAAGCAGAUAUUUUUGCUCUUGCUCUCACAGUCAUAUGUGCUGCUGGUGCUGAACCCCUGCCCAGAAAUGGAGACCAGUGGCAUGAAAUUCGGCAGGGUCGGUUACCUCGGAUUCCACAAGUGCUUUCCCAGGAGUUGACAGAGUUGCUAAAAGUUAUGAUUCACCCUGAUCCAGAGAGAAGGCCUUCAGCAAUGGUGCUGGUGAAGCAUUCAGUGUUGCUAUCUGCAUCUAGAAAGAGUGCAGAGCAGUUACGAAUAGAAUUGAAUGCUGAAAAAUUCAAAAAUUCUCUUUUGCAGAAAGAACUCAAGAAAGCCCAAAUGGCAGCCAAAGUUGCAGCUGAGGAACGGGCGCUCUUCACAGAUCGGAUGGCCACCAGAUCCACCACCCAGAGUAAUAGAACUUCUCGACUUAUUGGAAAGAAAAUGAACCGCUCUGUCAGCCUUACUAUAUACUGAACUGCUCACACUCCCCAACCUCUCUCCCUCAAAGGAAAAAAACUGUGACAAGAGGAAGCUAGGUUGAAAUCACUGCUAGAAUCCACUUUGCCAUUUCUUUGCCCAUUGGUAUCAGUAGUUUUCCUAAAAUGCCUUUUAUGACUUUUGUGAAUUACAGUUGAGAGCUGAAUUCUGACUUGGCUCUGUCAGGCUUUUGUCUCAUCUUCCCAUCUGUUUCAUGUAGGAUGUCAGUCACUGUUGGAUGUUCCCGCACCCUUUGCGGGGUGCACCACUGUGGUGGUGUGCUGCUUCUCACUCACUGUUGCAGUGUGAUUGCAGUGUGAUGAAAGGUGUCUUUCCUUGUUUUGACCUGUAGAAAGGACUCAAGGGCUUUACUGCAAACAUCCUCUCCCUUCCAAAAGGGAAAUUGCUCAGAGACUCAGUACUACUCAGCCUCCAAUGUACCUGUGUCAAUCUUUUCUUUUUUCUAUUGUGAAUUAUACUUGUAUAUCCAACUGGGAGCACUUUAGGCAUCACGUGCACCAUGGGAUGGUCAUUCUGUGGAAGCCUUGCCUUGUGAAUUUGCUGCUAUUUUAGUUUCCUCUUGCUGUAAAACUAGCAUUAAACAAUCAUUGUUGUUAAUAGGCUUUCUUUCAAAACAAUUAUGUGAAAUAUGUAGCUGCUCUUCAUGGAAAGCAGCUUCGCCUCUUUUCUUUGGACUUUGAAGCUAGUGCACUGAAAAAAGUGCACCUACCCCUCCCUGUUUGAAUGCUGUAUUAAUGUAGUAUAAUUAUUACUGGUUUUGUAAAUUUUUCUUAUAAUGUCCUCUGACUUUAAAACAUGUUUCCUUCCUCCUGUCAAGUCUUGUACUUGGUUGUAUGGUUAGCCUAUUUUUAAAUGUUUUGCCCAGUUUCUCUUCAAUAUUUGUGUAUAUAAACUGAUCUUGGUAAUACUGUACAUAGCUGUUUAAAAUACCAGAAAGACUUCUGACUAUUCCAAGUUUUUCACAAAAUACAUUUUACCUGUGAUUAGCCAUUUGACUAACAAUGUUUGGCUAGUAGAAGUUGCUCUCCAAAAGGGAGAAGAAAUGUCUCAUUUAUUUUCCUAUUAACUUUGCUCUGAAACACAUUUGCACUUGUCUGUUUGACUUGUGUCUUAUUAACAUUGUCUGGUGUAUUAAAAGUCAUUCUGUGCUUACCUUAA